AUGAAACAAAUUGCAUUAAGAGAACGAAUAGAAUUCCCUAAUAAACCUAUAAAUAUUUAUAAUAAUAAAGUUACUUUAUUACCCAAUCAAUUAUAUCUUCAUUUAUGUUCAAAUAGAAGAAUAAUACGACAUGUCAUUGAUGAAUUAUAUAAACAUCAACAGGCUACAACGUAUACAAUAUCUUGUAUGGAUGGUAGUAUACAAUCAAACAGCAUUGUACAAACUUUUACUCAACUUCUUAUUAAAUUAAGACAAAUUGCAAAUGGUGAUUUUGAAUUCAACGAUCAAGUAGUCAAUACAAUUCUAAUUCAUAAUCUUACUGCAUUUUAUUGGGAUUUGAUUAUAGUUGAUAAAUUCAAUUAUCAACAAUUAGGAUUUGAUAAUAUCUUACGACCUCCACAAUUUUAUUAUUUGAAUUUAUUUAGAAUUUUACAAGUGAUUGUCACGAAAUACAAUUGCAACGUUGUAGUCACUGCUUAUGAUAUUGUGUUUAAUAAUGGAAUCAAAGAGAAUAUUGCACCUGUACGUGAUACUAGUCUUCAGAGAUAUACAAAACUAGAUCCAUCAUUUGUACUACAUUUUGAUCAGAUUUUACAUAUUGAUAAUAUCCAAGCUCUUCAACUGUUUAACAAACAAACAGCUCAAUGGAUAGAUAUCAACGCAAGCUAG